AUGACAGAAAAUAAAAACGAUAAAGCAAAAAUUGAUUUGGGUUUAUUAGAGGAGGAUGAUGAAUUUGAAGAGUUCCCUGCUGAAGGUAUGACAACAUUUAUUACAAUUUAAUAAAAAUGGUUCGCAAAGUUCUCUAACCUCAAAUUGAUUGAAUGACUUGAUAGAUUGGGCAGCUACUGAAGAAGACAAUGAAGAUAUCAGUGUUUGGGAAGAUAAUUGGGAUGAUGACGAUGUAGAAGAUGACUUCAAUCAACAAUUAAGGUGAUUUUUGUUAUAACAUUAUUUUGGAAGGUAUAUAGCUUUCAAGUUUGUAACUCAUUAACUUUAGUCGAAUCAUAUAAUUCUCGUUACAAUAUUUACCACAAUAUUAUCACAGUAUAUUAAUCACAUGUAUAAAAAAUGUAACAAUGUAUUUAAUUCAUAUUUAAAAACAAUAUGAUAAGAUUUUAAAUAAAAUUAAUUAUUCGUUUCAGAGCACAAUUAGAAAAACAAAAAGGUUCAAGCAAAGGGAAGGAAUCUUAA